AUGUCUACAAUGAACCAAACAAGAGUGACAGAAUUCAUUCUGUUGGGUUUCGGAAACCUUUAUGUAUUCAAUAUUGUAUUCUUCAUACUUUUCUUGGUCAUCUUUCUUUUUACAGUUGUAGGAAACCUUAUGCUUAUUGUGCUUGUUUCAGUCAACACCAAGCUUCAGUGCCCCAUGUAUUACUUCCUUUGUCAUCUUUCCUUUUCUGACCUUGUGAUUUCCUCAAACAUUGUUCCUAACAUGCUCGUAGCCAUUUUGUUUGGAGGGAAGAAGAUGAGUUAUGUUGGCUGUAUCACACAAUUAUACUUAUACAGUGGUACAACUAUUACUGAAUGUUUUCUUCUUUCUGUAAUGUCCUAUGAUCGAUACUUGGCCGUCUGCAACCCCCUAAGAUACUGUACUGUCAUGGACUUUAGGCACAACACCUGUCUGUCACUAUGGCCAUGGUUGUUGGGUCUUACUCUUAAUCUUUCAGGAGUCUUUCCUAUAUCAAACUUUGAUUUUUGUUAUGACAAUAUCAUUGACCAUGUCUACUGUGACCUUUCUCCUCUUCAGAAGCUUUCUUGCUCAGACACUUCUCUAGUAGAACUGGAAGUCUUUCUGUUUUCUAUUCCAAUAUUUAUCCUUCCUUGUGGUUAUAUCAUUGUGACCUAUGUGUAUAUCUUCCUCACCAUAGUUAGGAUACCAUCUACAACUGGCAAACAAAAAACCUUCUCUACCUGCAGUUCUCAUCUUAUUGUUGUAGUCACAUUUUAUGGGACAUUAAUAGCAAAAUACAUGAUCCCAUCUGUAGGACAUUCCUCACUCAUUAAUAAAAUUGUUUCCCUAUUACAUGCUUUAUUUACCCCCUUGAUUAAUCCCAUAAUAUAUAGCCUCCGAAACCAAGACAUAAAGAUGGCAUUUAUAAAAAUGUUUGCUCAAUGA